AGAUUAUAGUCGGAAUUUCACCAACCGGAUUAACCCGCUAUUUAAUCACCUUAUUUACUUACAAGAAGUGAAAAUAAUCACUAAGCUUGUCUGUGUUCGUGUAUAUAAAGGACCCCAAACACAAGAGACUCCACAACCUAACGGACAACCACAAAACAGAGAUCACUGAGUUCUACUUGCUGCUCAUCUUUACAAAGAAAGCAUGGGAUCCUCAAAGCUGACUUUCCUCAUGGUCCUGAUGGCCUGCGUGGAACACACCUGGUCUGCCUCCUGCGUGGUCGACAGCUUCACAGUCAAGGAGGACUUUGAACCGAAGAGGUAUGCAGGGAAGUGGUAUGCCCUUCAGAAGAAGGACCCCGAGGGACUAUUCCUCCAGGACAACAUCUCCGCUGAGUACACCAUCGAUGAUGACGGCACUAUGACAGCCUCCUCCAAGGGACGUGUCACUCUCUUCGGGUUCUGGGUUGUGUGUGCUGACAUGGCUGCCCAGUACAGUGUGCCUAACCCCACCACCCCCGGCAAGAUGUUUAUGAACUACCAGGGGCUGGCCAGCUACCUGUCCAGUGGAGGUGACAACUACUGGGUGAUUGACACCGACUAUGACAACUAUGCCAUCACCUACGCCUGCCGUACACUGAAGGAGGAUGGAAGCUGCGAGGAUGGUUACUCCCUGAUCUUCUCCCGUAACCCACGUGGCCUACCCCCAGCCAUCCAGCGCAUUGUCCGUGGGAAACAGGAGGAGAUCUGCAUGGCUGGCCAGUUCGAGCCUGUCCUGCAGUCCGGAGCUUGCUAAGUUGGCAGCACACCCUGUGCUCAAUUCCUUAAACAUGCUGGCAUGAAAAGAGGCCUCCAGGGCCGAUGGAUGCAUCCAUAGCAGCGCUGUAGAAAUGAAUAGACCGUGUUGCGAGGCGGGAGGGAAGAAGCCCACCUCAGCCAUCCAUUGUCUCAAGGGAAGGGUUGCUCAAUUAGGUUGGUGUGUUCUGUCAAGUCAAGUGCGUGUGUUAAAAUGUACUGCAUUUAAGCAAAAAGGCCUGAGUGUGUGUGGUAUAUGGCCAAUAUGCCAUGGCUAAGGGCUGUUCUAAGACAAGACGCAAUGCGGAGUGCCUUGAUACAGACCUUAGCCCUGGUAAAUGGCCAUACAUCACAAACCCCCGGGCAGCCUUUUUGCUAUUAUGAACUGGUUACCAAUGUAAUUAGAGCAGUAAAAAUAAAUGCUUUGUCAUA